AUGCGAUCCCUCCUCUGGGCCCUGUUGGGUCUGAGCGUGGUUCCCCAGGUGUUCGCCGGGGACACGCUUAGCACCAAGGGUUUUCAACUGUGCAUGACAGAUUCAUCAAUCAAGGUCGACCAACUUGAUAUUUCCUACUCACGCUCAACGAGAGCUCUGACCUUCGACGUGGCUGGUUCCAGCUCGAAGCAACAGAAAGUCAACGCGACUUUGACAGUGACCGCGUAUGGCAACCAAAUCUACUCUAAAUCUUUUAAUCCGUGUGGUGAUGAUGUCCACGUCGCCAAGCUUUGUCCGGUGAGCGCCGGCUCUUUUUCCGCACAGGGACAAAUCAACGUCCCCGCCGACUACGCCAGUGAAAUUCCCUCAAUCGCUUUCAGUAUCCCCGAUCUUGACGGCCAGGCAAAGCUCGUUCUACAGUCAUCCGAGAGCGACGAAAACCUGGCAUGCGUUGUUUCCCAAUUGUCUAAUGGAAGGUCAACCAAUGUGAAAGGGGUGGCUUGGGCCUCAGCUGGAGUUGCGGCAGGUGCCCUAGCUCUAAGUGGUAUCUCCGCUAUGGGAGCCGCUGGACACCCUGGUGCAUCAUCAUCCAGCCCAGGUUUUGGAGACGUGAUGGGUUGGUUCCACACAAUGGCUACCAAUGGUAUGCUGAGUGUCAGCUAUCCCACCGUUUACACCAGUUUUUCUAGGAAUUUUGCUUGGAGCACGGGCCUCGUUUCUUGGGACGGCCUGCAGAACUCCAUUGACAGCUUCCGCCAAUCCACUGGCGGAAACCUUACCAACGAGAAUCUAGCCUACCUGACCAGUCUGAAUGGUGGUAGUACUAAUUCUUCCUCCACCAAGCGAAGUUUGGAUAUCAUGCGCCGUUCAGUUCAAUUGAUCCCCCGAUCGGACUCGAAUAGCAGCAGCAGCACAUCGGAGGUGGACAGGUUGAAAGAACUGGCCGAGGAGCUGAUGAUCCCUUCAGCUAACAUUUUUAUGACGGUGCUCUUAAUUUUCGCGAUCGUUGUUGGUGUUGUCAUCGUUGGAAUCCUCCUCUUCAAGGUCAUCCUGGAGCUUUGGGCUUUGUACGGCAGACCAUCAGAUAAGCUGACCACCUUCCGGAAGGACUAUUGGGGGUUGAUGGGACGAACCAUAACCAACAUGGUCUUGAUCUUGUACAGUAUUUGGGUGAUGUACUGUAUCUAUCAACUGAAGAAUGGUGAUUCAUGGGCGGCAAAGUUACUGGCAGCCGUGACCUUGGUAGUCUUCACUCUGCUCUUGGCGGGUUUUGCCUGCCGUAUCUUCUACAUGGCUCGCAAGUACAAGAAGACUGAAGGUGACACCGCUGCUCUCUAUGACAACAAAGAGACGUGGCGCAAGUACAGCCUCUUUUACGACAACCUCAAGAAGGAUUUCUGGUGGCUCUUUGUACCAGUCAUCAUCUAUGCUUUGGUUAAGGGGUGCAUCAUUGCCGGUGCGCAGGGCCAUGGUCUGUUCCAAAGUGCUGGUCAAUUGGUCUGUGAGGCCCUGCUGCUUGGACUUCUAGUGUGGAAUCGCCCUUAUGCCCGAAAAUCUACAAUGGGAAUUAACAUUACCAUUCAAAUCGUGCGGGUUCUAUCUGUUGCUUGUGUAUUGGUCUUUGUUGAUGAGCUAAAGCUCUCUCAAACCACGAAGACUGUGACUGGAAUUGUCCUCAUUGUCGUUCAGUCGGUUCUUACAGCUGUCCUUGCGAUAUUGAUUGCUGUUAACGCCAUGAUUUCUCUAUUCCGUGAGAAUAUCCAUGAAAAGCGAAGAAAGGAAGCCGAGAAAGCCAACCGUGACUUGGAUGAUCUCACUCCCUUGGAUGCUCGUGAUUCUCUCUUGAUUGAUCACCCCGAAAGGAGAGAUAUCACAGAGAUGAGCAAAUUCAACUUCACCGGGCCGUAUGAGCCUUACCGGGAUAACCCCAACCGCCCUGAUUCCGCUGGCAGUAAGGAUCGUUUGGUAUAUGCAGACUAUGGUGUCGCACAUAGCCGUUCUUCCAGCCAUGAAUCCCGACAUGACGGUCGCCACAGCCCACCUAUUGAGGGCCAGAAACCAACAACCUUUGGUAUGGCAUACUAG